AAUAAUUAUACGUGUGCAGCGGUGGCGGCGGGUACGGCGCGCCGCAGACGGGCGGCAUUCGCGGCGCCCGCAUGCGACCGGCACCACACGGUAUUGUACCGUAACUGACGUAACUCGUGAGUUAUAACGCAACGGCAGUGGUGGCGGCGGCGGCGCGGAGUUACUGCGGACGGAACACUUUUGCGGAAUUUUGGUCGCGGGCAGCAGGGGAACCGGUGACGCGGGUACGUGAUACGGGGACUGAAAGAGUGAGAGAGAGAGAGAGAGAGAGCGCGCUCCCCGAGGAAAUGUGCCACGUGCUGCUGUUGUUCAUGGGCAACGCGUUUUCCAGUGCUACGGCUAGUAGCGGCGGUAGUGGCGGCCGCGGCAAAGCGUCCGCAAGCGGCGUAAUAGCGGACCCGAAGAAAGCCGCCGUCGUCUCCAUGGACGAACUGGCCCGGGAAGUAGAGCGCCUGAAAGCGGCCAUGGACGAAAGGGAUCGGGCGAUCGAACGGCUGGGUCGGAACGUCGACGAAAUUCGCGUGAGUGCCCGUAAUAAUAUUACGAUAUAUUUUUUUUUUUUUUUUUUUUUUUUGUUCGCGAUACAUUAUACAAAUCGGGGGUAUAGUAUUAUACCCAUAUGCUGCGAACACAAUACAAGUGUCGGAUGAUGCAGCGGCGUAUUUCGGGCUAGGUCUGUGAGGACGGGGAGUGGAUUGGAUAACUGUUGAAAAUUGUACGGAACGGGGGGAAGAGUAGGGGAGUGGUACGGACUUGUAAUCCAAGAUUUAUUUUCAGAUAGGGAUUAGAAGAAAAAUAAACGUCAUCACUCGAAGUACACAAUAAUAUGUCUUACAUUUAAAAAUAAACGACACUAAUAGAAUAAUCGGUAGACAGAUAUUCAUAGGUUUCCAUAGAUGUUCAUAACAAAUAAAUUUAACAAUAACAGAUCUACUCUUCUUGGCUUCAGAGCCAUUUCAUCAUUCGGUCCUCUAGUUGGGUCGAUCGGUAUACAUCUCUAUGGAGUGCCGGCAUGGCCAAUCCAUUUAAUCAAUUCCAUAAUGAACAAAAUAUUAUUCAGUCGUUACGCGUAUGUACAGUAUCCUAGUUUUCAAUAUUUAUAAACGUAUCUCUGACAUGGUAUUCCGCGAGUAAUAACAGCGUGUAACCAAUUAUGCUUUUGGUCAUCGGUUCGGUUCGAAUCGGUUUAAUCGAAAACGUUUAAAUUUGUAUUUAUAUUUAACAUCCCUAAUUUAGUUUCAAAAUGUUUCAAACCCUGUAAAAAAAAAAAAUAACAAUAAUACCAAUGAGAUCGACACUUAGAUCACGUCGUUGUUCGCGUGUCAAAUUAUUGUAGGCCCUCGAUAAAUUAAUUUAAGCCAGUAUAAAUCAAUAUUUGAAAAAAUAAUAAAAUGUUUUUGUCUGGGAAAUAUAUUAGUAAAUAUGGUAGAGUUUCAACCAGAAUUUCGGGGAAGGAAUAAAAAACCGAGUUACAAGCCCCGGCCGAGAGACGUAACUGUACUUACGAUAAUAUUAUCGUUGUGUACGUGUGUCAUUGUACUCGCGCGGUAAUAGAAAUAAUGUAAAGUUGUAUUCUUUUGUCCGCGUCCCAAUGUCCGUCACUACAACUGCGAUUACCGCGACACAAAGUGCACUUCCUGUAUUGGACGCUGUACGCCUGCUGUCGACCCGCUUUUAAACUCCCGAUUACAUUAUUACCGGGUUCCGAGCGAUAACGUGCGUUACGCACAACCAUUGUAAUAGUACUGUAACGUACGAAAAUGACGCCACUAAACGUCAUUAUCGCUGUAUGAAACCGUACGCGCGAUAUUACGCGAUAUUACGCCGUGCUUCCGGCGAUACGACCGAUGGCAGUGGCGGCGGUUCUGUGCGGGCCGUGGCGAGCCCUGAAAACCUCCGGUCCACCCGUCCGUCUUGAAGUUUGAAUUCGAUUUUUCGAAGUAUCGUUGGUAUUUUCGUCCGUAUUACACCUACGCGUUUGUCGCGUACUAUAGCAUAAUAUUGUAUACGGGUGACAGUUUCGUUGCGACAAUAAUAUUUAAUUCGUAAAAUAUUAUUUUGAAACAGUGAAUACUGCGAUUAUAUCAUAAUUAUGUCUAAAACAACAACUGGGGGGGGGUGGGGGGUUAUUACCCAUUAGACAUUAAUAAAUUGAAUUCCUGAUUGAAUUUUCGUAUAACAAAGGAAAUUAUAAUAUAGGGGAGGGUCCAAGGAGGGGGGUGGCGGACCGGCUACUCUCCUGUCGUGACCGCGUGACUGCGCCCACCCUACUAUAUGUUGCCCUUCAAUUGGCCCAAAUUUUGUUUUACGUAGAACGUGAUAGAGUCCUCGGUUUUGAAUCAAAAUUUCGCUCUGGGACCGCCGUCGGUGCAGUUGCAAAACAAAAAGAAAGGAGUGUCGGGAGAAUGUUCCACUGCUCUAACGGAAGUUGUGCCGGUCGCGUUUCCUAAACAGUCAAAACCCAUCAGGUACGAUGCGCUACGCCAACCAACGACGUUCGCAAAUAUACGCGAGGACGUGGUAAUAUUAAAUGGCGCAUUUCAGGACCAAACACCUAAUCAAACAGGCGCUGUGCAAGAAUCCGUUUCUGAAGAACCUCAACACCGCCCAGAUUUCCGAAAUAGUAGACGUAAUGUUCCCGAAAGACAUCGAAGGUGGAGCGUACGUUAUCAGGAAAGGCGAUCCGGGUGAGCCGCACACUUUUUUGUUAUAAUAUCAUAUAAUACCCGGAAUAGGGUAAGCGGGAAUUCCCCCUUGACUUUUUGUAAAAUACAUUACAGACUUGAAAGUGAUUUUAUGAAAAAAUACAUCAAAGCUCUGUCACUAUAGAGUUAAAUUUUACCCGACCCAGUUUGUAUUGUAGACACAUUCUUUGUAAAACAAUGCACAACCUGCAGAAUAUGAUAAUAUUACCAUAUUAUAUUAUAUUAUAACUAUAUAAUACUUACAAAAAAAAUUUUGAGACCGGUGGGACGAGGGUUGAAAGUGAAAAAAGUCACUAAAAAAAUACGUGUACGCCCCCCCUGGAUUUCUCCAAUGGAGAUAGACACUGCAAUCCGUCUACAAAAUAACUCUAGUUCUCGAGACUUAGCAAUUAGUAUCCUAGCUAACUCGAGAACAUAUUAUUCUAUAUCAGACCACACGAUGCAAAAGACUCUAUUUGAAACUCAAAAGAAGUAACCUAACCUCACCAUUAUACAACAUUUUAGAUUAUAUAUAGAAUCAAAAAAAAAAAAAAAUAUUAAAAUGGCCAAAUCCUAUAAUUUAUAAAUAUAUAUUGGUAUAUAAUUUACUAAUUUAUGUUGUGCAUUAUAUUAUGUUUUAUAAAUAUGCCCUUCAAGCUAUAACCAAACAAAUAAUAUUGCAAUGAUACUUCUGGGCACAAUAUUUAGAGAAGUAAAAAAAAUAUAUAAAACGCCCACGCUCUGAAUCUGAACCCAGGUGCGUUUACAAAAAAAUAUUUCAAAGGGGGUUUAAGGUUGUACACUUUCGUAAUAAUAUAACAAAAAAGUUAACAUAAUUUUUAAUUAUUGUAAAAUUAUUUAUUUUUCAUUAAAAUUGUCAAUGUUUUAUAAUAUUAAUUUUAGAUUCUGAGUGGAGAGAGGAACGUAUUAGUUUUAAAAUGGUGUUUAUCAGUAAAUGUUAAAAACCGGAAAAAAUGAGAAAACAAUUACAAUAUUAAACAAAUAUUAUUAACGGAAAUACAUAAUAUACAUGUAAUUAUCAUUAUUUUACCCUAAUAUGACAUUAUAUUAUUAACAAAGCAAUACUAUCAACCGAACUCAGCUCAGAAUCGCUUACAGAUAUACAUUAAAUUACCUAUAACUUUAGCUGCACUCGUCACAAUUUUCAUGAAAUUUUGAGGGGGGAUUAAACCCCUAACCCCCUAUCUUUUUACACGCACCUAUCCCGACCAAUUAUUAGGGGAAAAGGUGUAUCGAUGUUAAAAAAAAGAAGAUAUCAGUCACUUGUUAUAAUUAUAAUUUGUACAAAUGUAUAGUUUGUAUAAUAUGCUGUAACUUCAGGUUCUUGUUUGUACGUGGCCGAUGAAGGGAAAUUCGAAGUGAUACAAAGCGGCCGAGUGGUUGAUUAUAUCGGGCCGGGUGAAGUGUUUGGCGAACUGGCCAUACUUUACAAUUGUCCGCGGACUGCGUCGGUAAAAGGUGUGCGCAAAUCCAAAAUUAUCUUUAUGGAUUAUAUUACCUUAUACUAUAUAAUAUAUUUGUACUGUUAUUAUUAUUAUUAUUAUCUAUUUUUUUUUUUGUUGUUAGCCGUUCAGGAUGUCAGAGUUUGGACACUAGAAAGGGUUGCUUAUCAACAAAUCAUGAAGACUUCCGCUAUGAGAAGGUUUGAUGAACGAGUGGGAUUUCUGAAAAGCGUACCAUUAAUGAAGGAUCUCAAUGAAGAGUUUUUAUCGAAAAUCGCCGACGUUUUAAAAGAGGUACGUUACGUGCAAAAGAUGACAAAUUUUUUUUUGUCAUAAGGAUGUGGAUGAUGCUAAUAGUUUAACAAUUAUUGUUAUUUACUUUUUUUAUUAUUAUUAUUAUUAUUAUUAAUGUAUAGAUAAUAUCAUGUAUAAAAAGUUUGAUAAGACCGACUAUGUUGUAUGGUCAAAGUGUUGAGCAUCGUCCCUAACGGACCUAACGUCCCAUUUCCGACAAGAUAAGAUAGGAUAAGGAACGAGUACAUAUAAGUAGCAUAGACGUCGAUUCGAUAAAGGGCAACUUGAGAGAAAAUAUAGACUUAGACAGUUUAGAUAUGUCAUGAGAUAAGGAGAAGCACUAAAAAUUUCAAUGAAAAUAAAUAUAGAAAGAAAGAGGGGAAGAAAAAGACCGAAAAAGAGGUGGUUGAACGCGAUUGAGAUGAUAAGAAAAUAGCUAAUGUAUGCGAGGAUGAUAUUAUGAAUGGAUGAUAUGCAAGGCCGGAUCCAGAGUGAAUUUACCACUAGUAGGUUGGAAUUUAUUUUUUUUUUAUUUUGCUCAUCAACAAAUUUCACUAGUUCUCUCCCUAUAAAAUCCCUCAAAAAAAAAUAUAUCUGGCUAUCCCUAUGGUCGUUGAUAUACAGGAUGAUCAAUCUAUCAUAGACACACGUUAUCUCGGAAAGUAUGCAUUUUUUGUUUAUUAUUAUUUUUUUUUUUUUUUUUUGAAAACUUAAGAAACAAAUAGUUCCAAAAUGUUAAAUUUAUUAAUGUUAAUUAAUUAAAUGUUAAAUUAUUAAUUUUUUUUAUCAUCCUUAUUUUUGGAUGUGAAACGAAUACCUACUUUUGGUUUUCAAAUGGCAACCUACAAACAAAAUUCCAUUAAUAGAUGUAGUAUUAGUUAAUAAAUAUUUCGGUGUUGAAAUUUUUGAUUUCCGUCUAUCCAUUGACGAGAUAUUCCAUUUUUAAGUUUGGGUUGGGGGAGAGUAAUGGAAUAUCAUUUGAUUAGCGGCAUAAUACUUAAAAAUGAGGAUCUAUUGAUACACGAUACUACACACAUUGAUUAUAAGUAGCUAGAUAUUUACAAGAUAAUGUAUACUUUUAUAAAAAGUAUUGCUAUGUAAGAUACUCAAAAUACAUAUAUUUUAUGUAUUUAAAUAGAUACUAGAUGCUAGAUACAUUAAAAUAAAAAUGCUAAUUACAUUAUUCAUACAUACGGUAUCUUAAAGGAUGAGGUGAUGGUUAUUUAUUAGUGACAUUUUUCGAAAUUCCAAGCGAUUCCCUCACAUUCAUACAACCAGUGGCGGAUCAAGGAUAUUUGUAUGGAGAAUGCUAUUGUGAAAUAGUGUAUGUUAGGGUAUCGUAUUCUGUAUAAUCCAUCCUGAUAGUAUGACCUUUUUUUUAAUCCUAAAAAAUCAAUGUACUUAAUAUUCAAAAAGAUAAACAUAAGUGGAAACUUUAAAAACACACAUCUAUAACAAAUUCCUAUAUUUUAAAAAAAAAUAAUGUUCUCUGUAAUAAUAAUAAAAUAAAUGUUUAAACGAAAAAUUAAAAUCCUACCACAUAUUCAUUAUAGUUUAUGAACGAAAAAUCAAUGAAAAUUGUUGGAUCAUUUUGACCAAUCUUCUAACCCAUCCAUCUCUUUUUUUCACACAAAUGUAGCAAUAACUUGGUUAAUAUCUAUCACUGUAUAUUUAUGUGUAUUUAACAUGGCCAAACCGUUUAGACGUACUUCAGACACAGUGGAUCUUUUAACAUUUUUAAAGUUGAGAAAAAUCUCUCCACUUUGGCUGUUGAAUCUAGUAACCUGGUAAAAAGUAUUUUGAUGUUGGGUAAAAAUUCACCGCAAUGUUCCAAUGCUUCAACUGUAAUUUUUGGAUUGUUUUGCAUUUUCGCCCAUUUAUUUUUCCACAAAUUUAUUUCUGCUUUCAAUUCGAAAUCCAAACCCUCAAAAUCUUCACAAUGAAAUCUGGCAGAUUUAUGGAAACAUGCUCCCGAUUGACCUCUCCUGAUCGCGUGGAAAAUUGACCGUUGACCGGCAUACCAAUAUAAUACAUCCCCAUGAUCAAAUUUCCGAAAUGUCAAUUCUGUAAUUUGUAUUGUAUGCUUUACCACAGAAUAGGAACAAAUAGCGGUGCUAUUAAUUUCUGAUAUAUAUUUAUGCUUAGAGAAGGUUUUCACGAAUAAAUAAUACAUAUUAUGUUCAGGCGGACACCUCCAUUACGCUAACAAUAGAAAUUAAUUUGCAAAUCCCGUGUACAUGCGCUCGGAAAAUUAAAUUUUUAAUAAAAUAUAUUUUUAACCACACCACGACCCGUCGAUGGAUUGAUCGCAUUGCUCGGUUUUCUAUAAUUACUUGUUAAUAUUUUAGAGUUUUUAGCCUUUUCGGAUAACAAUGCAAUCUACGGCCGAAUGACGGCCGUCUAUAUAGACGCCGUGUUAAAAUUGUGUACCGCCAAAACGUUUAACGAUUCAAUUAUUCAAUUGUAGUUUUUCGAAAUAAAAAAAUGUGCAUUCCACAAUUAAAUGUAAACCAACAAAUUAUACCUGUAUACCUCGUACUAUUAAGUAUUUGUUCAACGAGAAUUUGAAUUACUUAGAUUUUAACCUUUUUAUCGCUGAAAUAUGGACAUUACGACGCUUUAGACACGUGUUAUCUUCCCCUGACCAAAGCCUUACUAGGUAAAAUACAAACAUGCUGUGUACACUUACAUGCAUACAUGCAUACAUACAUACAUACAUACAUACAUACAUACAUACCCGCAUAAAUAUUUUAGUAUUAUGUAUACAGUGUAUGUAUACUAUACACGCAUUAUGAGAGACGAAAAGUGGGUAGGUACUCGAAGAUUUAUUUGAUGUCCACGCAAUAAAAUAGCUGACUUACGUGUUAUGUAUAUAUAUAUAUAUAUAUAUAUAUAUAUUAUUUUUAAACCUAGGUACCUAUACAAACAUUUUUUUCAACCGUAAUUGAACGACUCUCGUUUAUAAAAUCACUAUAAAUAUUACUUGGAAAAAACCUCAUUGGAUAUAGGUGGGUACCUAAUGAAAAUUAUUUCAUGUGCCCAUUACAUAAUAAUAAUAAGUGUACAACAGUUGAUACGGAUAUAAUAUAAUUAUGAAUAAAACAAACUUUGAGAUUUGCUAGCGCCUUAACAAAAGGAAACACUGUAAUGAGAAUGACUAAUGACCUUUUAGCGUACAACUUUUGCCAAUGCACAAUGCAUUUUAUAUCAAACCCGCCGCGUUUGACGUAUUUGAAAGUUCUCAAAACGCGUAUACCAUUUUAGUAUACGUAUACCUACAGUUUACAUACACACACACACACACACGCACAAUACAUGCCACGUGCACAAUGGCUGGCCAUUGAUUAGUCUUAAUUAAUGACCGUAGUUUUCUCAUAAAACUGAACCCAUUUCAGGAAUUUUAUCCGGAAGGGCACUACAUCAUAAAGCAAGACACUUUGGGCGACAAGUUCUAUAUACUUAGCGAGGGCCGAGUAAAAGUCACAAAAACCAAUAAAGGCAAGUAGUGUAACAAUAAAUUGCGCGCAUCGCGUCGAAAUGACAAUGACGGGAGUUGGAAUAUUUUACACGGUUUCCGUUGUUUGAAAUGUUUAAAACGAACUUCGGUUGAACCCGGAUUAUACAAAUAUACAAAAUAUCUCUAACAGUACGUUGCGUUUUGCGAUUUUUUACAUUUUUCAAUGAACUGAUUAACCGAAUAUCUAUCACAUUAUAACUUAUUCACCCUAUUUAACCUAUUUACCUACCUAGCUGUAUAUUAUUUUUUAUAAAUAUAGGUAGGUAGAUAAUCAAAAACAUAGAAUACAUUAUUAACAAAUACAAAUAUUAAUAUUAGAUUGGUGAGUAUUUUAUGAAUAUAAAAUAUAUGUUUAGUUAAAAUUAAUGUGUCUUUUACAAAUAAAUAUAAUUACCGUUUUGUAGUAAAUAUUUAAUUAUUAAACCCGCUAAAGGCUACAAUAAUGAUUGUUAUAUAAUAUUUUAUUAUGUAUAUAUAUGUUUUAUCUAAACAAGUUUUUUUUUUUUUUUAUAAAAAUCCAAACGUACAAAUGAAAUUGUUUUGUCUCCUCAACCAGUUUCGUAUUUUUAGGACGAGACUGGUAGUAUCACUGGGAAACAUAACAUCAUAGAGCAGUAUAGGAUUGGUUUCACUUGCUUCUAUGACUUUUUCUGAGUAUAUUUGUUUUUAUUGAUUCUCUAUAACCUUCUUCGGUUUUAUUUCACCGAUAUUUUUUUUAAAUAUUUUUUUCGAGUUUGGCGAUUUUGUUAUAAAUCCAAAGAAGAGCCGACUUGACAGUUUUGGAGAUUUUAGAAAAUUUGCCUGCAUUUUUUUUUUUUUCAAUUUCAGAGAAAUGCAAUAUUUCAUGGUUUUCGCCAAUAAAUUUCAAUUGAAAAACUUCAAAUGCGCCGUCGAAUGACAGCAAGUCUCGCUUUUUUUGGAUUCAUUAUAAAAUCACCAAACAUGAAAAAAAAUUUUUAGAAAAAUAUUGUCAAAUCAAAACGAAGAAAUGUAUAGAGAUUCUACAAAAAUAGAUGUGCUUAGUAGAAGUCAUAGAAGCCAGGGUUACAAAUCUUUUUGCUCUUCAACGCCCGGUUUCCGAUUAAUAUUAUCAGUCUCGAUACGUUUGGAUUAGCCUUCGUAUAUCUCCCUCAUCUUCCCUCAUAAAUGCUCGAGGGUCUCUUCCACUUACCUUCAAAAAUUUUCCAUGAUAUGGUGAGGUGAGCGAUGACUGGAAGCGUAAAGAAAAUAAAAAAAAAAUUAAUUGUUAUGAUAUAUUAUGUACUUAUCUACUUGCCUAACAAAAAACAAUGUCUUGUACUUUGAAUUUUUGAAUAGAUACGAAUAUUUCUUCUUUUUUUUUUGAACUUGCUUUAAAUUAUUAAUGCACAUAACCAAAUUAUGAAAAUAUUGAAUUGCUUUCCCGUGAAGUUUGUGCAGUUUGAUAAAAAUACAUUCGAGAAAAUCACGACAACAAAUCAGCACAAUAUAAUAUUAUCAUAUUACACAGUAUAAUUUACGCAAAAGAAAAAUUACGGUUUUCAGGGGAAGACGAAGAAGAAGAAUUUGGCGUGUUGGAACAAGGAGAAUUUUUCGGAGAAGUGGCACUGAUGAAAAAAGACAAGAGAACUGCCAACGUCGUCGCCAUGCACCCGGGAGCGGAAUGCCUGACACUAGACAGAGAGUAUUAUUAACCUUUUGUUUUUACUGUAAAAUAUAUUAUUAUUACGUCCAUACACCGUAAUAUUCACUAUAAACGUUAUUUCGGCAUUUAUUAUUAUUAAUUAGUUGUACCAGUUUAUUUUAGUACAAACAAUUACCUAUAUUGGUACCAAUUGUAAUAGGUAAUGUUAUUAGGUACGACCUAUAUUUGACACAAUCGUGCAGUAAAUACGUGUAUACUGUAUAGGCACGCGUUAGGUCUUAAAUUAAAACCCUUCAUUGUAUACUAAUUAACAGAAUCGUAUAAACUGCUACUGGGGUGGGCGUUUCUCGGUGAUAGUUUUUAGGCGACUAGCCCAAGAUUUACGGUGAUCGACGUAAAAACCGUGCACGGCCGAAACCGCGCAUUGGAGAAACUUACGGACUUACUUUCGUUAUUGCAGGCCUUUCGUGCACUUUAUCGGCAACCUGGAGGAGUUAAAGAACAAAAAAUACACGGAACACCCGCGAAAACCGUCGGUCCAAGCAUCGACAGAAAGUAGGUGACCUAUAUAUAUAUAUAUAUAUUAUACACGUCAUAAUACGCGUGUAACGUAUUCAUCGCGUCAAAUAUAAUACCGUUACUGAUGUGCGUGUCUUGUUCUAGAAAUAUUUUACCCGGAGCUAUUUCGCGUGGAGUUGACCGACUUGGAGACAAUCGCCACGAUCGGCGUGGGUGGCUUCGGCCGUGUCGAUCUAGUGUGUUUGAAGCUGGACAGAAAUCGAUCGUACGCAAUGAAAAAACUCAAAAAACAACAAAUCGUUGACAUGCAACAACAGGAACACGUGUACAACGAGAAAAACAUACUAGAAUCCUGUACGAGUCCUUUUAUCAGCAAGUAAGUACUUUUAUACGAUAUAUCUUUGCACGCCAGAUUAAACGAAAAAUCUAUAAAUUCCUGCUGCAAGGUUAAUCAAUAAAAGCACAAAAAAAAAAUACAAAUAAAAGACCGAUGCAUUUCGCACGAUAGGUGGGCCACUCGGAGUCGUACCUAGGAAUAUUUUUCUAGGUAGGCCAGAUAAAAUAAUAUAAAUGUUUGAAUAGGAAACACUACUAAUACAAAUUGUUGAUUUUACAAUUGUAUUAAUUUUCGGAGAAAACUGGGUAAGCCCAAGCCUACGAGGCCUACGCCACGAGUGACUACGCCACUGGAACCACUGUUAUAAAUUAAUAAUUGGGAAGGUAGGAUAUAGAGAAGAAUUCAAUGUAUUUUUACAUGCAAUGAUUAAUUAUUGUUAACGAAAAACGAUUCUUAGCGGAGUUCGGUUAUGCAUGUUUUAAAAGGCCGUAAUAUUUACGUUUUUCGUCAAAAUUUGAUAUUAAAAUAUUCUUAUACACAAAUAAAAAAUAUUACAUUAAAAUCAGCUUUUUCUUGUUCGCCACUAAGCACAACUUAAAAUAGACCUUCUGUUAAAUUUUCAAAAAUGUCUGUUUGAUCUAACAAUUGUUUCUACAAAGUACCAACCGAAUAAAUAUUACAUAUAAACUCACAAAAUAAACGUCUAUAAAUAGCUCAAAUAUUUAGAAAUUGUUACUACGUCUAUAAAAGGCAAAUAUAAUGUUUUUGUUCAUAUUUCAAGUCUCUACAAACAUUUUCAACUGAUUAACAACAAAAAACAAAAUUAAUAACAACAAAAACAUUGUUUUCAUACAUUUUUCUAACAUUUUUUCCCAAUUAUUUUGAAUACUACUUGGAAAGUCAAAAAAAAAAAAUGACAUCCUUAAAAUAUCACAUCAGGAAAAUUUCCUUUUAGAAAAAGUGAAAAAUCGAAGCAAGAUUUCCGGUAGAAAUUUGGUACAUAAAAUUAAAAAAAAAAAAUUUAAAAAAAACCUUGGUUAUUGUAAAACCAAUACAUUCCUCGUUUCGAUCAAAAUCUAAAACUAUUUUUUGUAACUAGGUACUAUGUAAGUUCGACUAUAUAUUAUUUCACAUAUAUUAUCUAACUUUGAAAUAUCUGAUAUGGUACCUAAAUUUUUUUUAAGCUACGGAUUACUACAAACAUUACAGUAAUGAGAUAGUCUAAUAAAUUGCCGAGUUUAAGGCUAUUUACAUAGUAUUGACUAAAUAUCUCUCAAAUAAUUUUUGAAAUUUAUAAACGAAAAUAAAUGAUCACUGAUUAAUAAUAACGGCUUACUGACUGAAAUUAGAAUGAGAACACCCAUUAACAAAACAGUGUGGAAGAGAAAUGUAUACAUGCCUGUAAAACUUAAAAUAACUAUCGAUAUUUUUUCUUUCAUGCUAUAAGUACCUAAUUAAAGCGUAAAAAAACACAUGGCUUAGAAUGAAAUAUUGGACAGUUAAAAUAAAAUAUCAAAAAUCGACACCUUUUUCGUUAAAACUCUGUAGAUAAAUCCCUCCUAUCUACAAUAAUCAGCAAUUGUUUUGCAGACUUUACCGUACGUACAAAGACGACAAAUACGUGUACAUGCUGAUGGAGGCGUGCUUGGGCGGUGAGGUGUGGACGUUGCUCAGGGAACGGAGGUGUUUUGACGACAACGCGGCGUGCUUUGUAGCGGCAUGCGUGGUGGAGGCUUUGGAUUACUUACACGGCGUGGACGUCGUUUACAGGGAUCUAAAGCCAGAGAAUCUUUUGUUGGACCGUCAGGGCUUUGUGAAACUGGUCAGUUAACGAGAAGGACCUACUAAAACAGCAUCCAAACCAACGUCAUCGCGAUAAUAUGUGCGCGUUUUUCGCAGGUGGACUUUGGUUUUGCCAAAAAGCUACAGCCAAGGGGCAAGAAAACAUGGACGUUCUGCGGCACUCCCGAAUACGUGGCCCCGGAAGUGGUGCUCAACAAGGGUCACGACAGGGCCGUGGAUUUUUGGGCAUUAGGGAUACUCAUAUAUGAGUUGCUGGCCGGAAUGUAAGCGCUCCCUAUUGGACAUUGAUAAAUUUGCAAAAUAAUUAUUAAACCCCACAACUAUAUACCAGGUGGUAGCUCUAGAAUUGUAUAUUUUUGUUAUUUUUGCCACCCUUAUUUUUGGAGACAAAACCACUACCUACUUUUGAUUUUCGAAUGGUAACUUAUAUUAAAAAGUCCAUACAUGGAUGGAGUAUUUAGUUAAAAUAAAUUUUAGUGCUGAAACUUUUUAUUUUUUCAAGCCAUUAACGACAUAUUCCACUUUUAAAUUUAGGUUGGAGGAGAGUAGUGGUGCAAUAUUAACACGUCACGCACCCCACCGCAUCACAAAUGACAUUCCGCUAUACUUUCCUAAAACCAAAAACUUAAAAGUGAAAUAUCUCGUCAAUGGAUUGGUGGAAAUCAAAAAUGUAUUGCUAAUAUAUCACUAAAAUAUAUUUUAACUAAUACUCGAUCUAUUUAUGGAAUUUUUAAUAUAGAUUGCCAUUUAGCAAUCAAAAAUAGGUAGUGAUUUUACCCCCAAAAAUAACAUAAAUAUAAAAUUGUAGAACAGCUUGUUCCCUAAAUGCUCUAGAAAACAAAUUCCGGAAAAUUUUAAUAUUUUCCAAGAUAAUGAGUGUAACCACUUGAACGGAUCACCUGGUACAAAUUGGGAAAUGUACAAUUCCGGACUUAGCAUGUAACAUAUAUAUAUAAUUAACUACGCCUGAGGUUAUAAUGGCAAUAUUGUUUCACACCGUGCAAGGUACAACAUUCGAAUAGCUCUUGUUUAUGUUUUAAAUCGAGCAAAUAAUGUCACGUUAAAUAUUUCUCAUGUUAAACCAUAAAAAUAAGUAUGCUAUUUAGUUGCCGUCUUUAAAAUUGGCGCCGUAGCCUGAUCAGCCUAAGCAGUAAUACGGUCCUGCUUUAGUUGUGUUCAGCUUAUUGCCCGACAACCGGUUCAAUAGUGAUAAUGUAGUAACGUACCCAAAGGAUCAUACGCAAUACCUUCCGAUAGCAUUUUUGUAGUACAUCGGAUAAUUAUUUUCAUAAUAAGUAACAUUAUAUUAGGUACAGUAGCGGAUUUUCAACAUUUUUCUGAGAGGGGUCCUGAAAAAUCAUAUGUAUUUAAUAGGUAUCUCUAUUAAUAAAUUCCUCUUUUUUGGACGGCAUUUAUUGAGAUUAUUUCAGUGUCCAGAUCCCCUGGACACUGGCAUUUAAAAUGUUAGGCUUCAUAUUAAAAAAUACUAAAGAAUUUAAAAAUGUUCAUGUACUAAAAACGCUCUACUGCUCCCUUGCUAGGUCUAACUUGGAAUUUGGUUCAUUGGUAUAGGGUCAAAAUUCCACUUAUAAACUUGUUGACAAUGUUCAAUAUAAAUUCCCAAAGUCAAUUGAUUUCCGUUUAAAUUUACCUAUUUCCAGAGAUUCAAUGUCAUUAAUAGCGGAUCCUAUUUAUAUUCAGCCAUGUGUGGUUAGACGUAAGCUAGCCAACGUAUUAUUCGUCCUCUCAAUAAUAAUAUUGAUUGCCCUGAUUUAUUAUGUAAUAUCGGUAUUUGUACAAACAAUUACUUGAUUAAAAAUUCGAAUUUUUUUUUGUACCAUUUUUUUAAAAAAAAAAAAAGAAAUGUUCACCAAUUCUUUUUUCGAGAGCAUUUUUACUUUGUAAUCUAAUUUUUACUAAUGUUGAUUUCUUUUUCAUAUCCUGGGAAUGCUUUGGGUAAAAAGCUUUAUUUUUUCAAACUAAAACUUACUUUUAUAUUUUAUAUGUGUCACAUUACUUUGUUAAUGUACGUUUUAUCAAUUUUAUUAAUUUUUCUUUUCUUCUUUUCUCUCUGUCUUUUUUUGUUAUUUUUGAUUUUAUCAUUGUUUAUUGUAUUUAAAGGGCUAUUUGUCCCAUUAAAUGUUAAUAAUAAAAUAAAAAUAAUGUGAAAUUUAAUUUGUUAAAUUUGGUAUAGCUUUUUGUGAUAUUAUGAAAUAACGGGUAAGAAUCAAAUCCCAGUUUACAGUAACACAGAAUGGGAACAGACAUUGUGGUCCUUAUGUACGUCCCAUGCAGUUCCCAAACCCAGUACCUUUUAAAGUGUAUAUUAAAUAAGAUCCCUUUUAAACGGUAAAUAAGUAAAAAAAGAAAAAUACACAUCAUAGCGAAACCAAUAUAUUCUUCACUAAGUCCAGAAUCUAAAAUAAUACAAACCUAUUGCACAAACAUACAAAUAUAGCUGAGAAAAAAAACAUUGCAGCAAUUCUUUUCCAAAUUGUACAGUAUGUAUUUAAAUAAAAUGGGUAGCUGAUAUAUAAAAAUGAUCUACCUGUGUAAUAUAACACUGCCUUGCUAAUUUGAUGGUUCAAUAUCAAUAUCUUGGUAUUCAACUAAACAAAUUGCUUUAUUUUUAUUUUGUUAUCAGACCACCUUUUAGUGGUCAAGAGCCAAUGGACAUCUAUAAUGCGAUACUUAAAGGCAUCGGAACAGUGAACUUUCCGAGGCAGAUGAACAAAAUGACCCAAAGUCUUGUGAAACAGCUGUGCCGUAGCGAUCCAACAGAAAGGAUUGGCUAUCAAAAGGGUGGAAUACAAGACAUCAGGAGACAUGAGUAAUUUUUUUAUAGCACCUUUUUUAAAUUCUUAGGCAUUACAUUGAUUCAAAUUUGUCUGGUAGGUGGUUCAAAGGAUUUGACUGGGCGGGUCUGAGGAGCAAAAGUAUAAUUCCACCAAUCAUUCCAAAUGUAUGUACUUAUCAUUUAGCCAAUAUAUACACAAAUAAAUUGAUAAUAAAAAAAAUGUUAAUAAAUUUCACAUAUUCACAAUAACAGAUCAACAACUCUCUAGAUUCUACAAAUUUCGACAUUUAUCCUGAAGACAGAGAUAUACCACCAGAUGAAUCGUCUGGCUGGGAUUCAGAAUUUUGACACAAGCGGUGGCAAUAUGAUUACUACCAGAAUAAUCAUUAUCUGGACUGCGAAUAUUAUAAUAUUAACAAUACCAAAGUAUAUUAUUAUUUUAACCAAGGAAUGGUUUUGUUAUUUUAAAAAAAAAAAAAACAUUAUUUUUAUAUUCACACAUGUGUUAAAUAUUAUUUAAUUAUUUUGAAUAUUUAAUUUUUACUUUUAAAAAGACAAUUGAACAACAAUGUCUUCCAAACAGUUAUUAAUCAACAAAACAAAUAUGUGUACUUAUACAUCUGAUCUAUAUCAUAAUUUACAAUAUUUUUUUUUAUAAAUAAAUAUGUAAAUAUAUAUAUAUUUAAUAUAAUAUAUAUAAUUUUGAAUUUCAAUAUGCAUAAAUAAAUUAAUUAAUCAGGAUUUAUUAUUUGAUAUAUCUGAUGAAAAAUGCACAUAGAAUAAUUAAUUAUAAGGCAUAAUUAAUAAUAACAACAAAGUCAAAACAAAACAUCACUAACCAGUAGUACAUUUUAAACAAAUUAGAUACAAUAUUAAAAAUAAAUAUUUUAAUACAAAUUGCAAAUAUAAAAAAAAAAGAAAAAUUACUUAAUUAUUUUAUAAAUCAAGUUGAUACUUGAUACAAAUAUAAUUAAGCCAUAAGCUUGUUAGAACAAAUUACAGUUAAAUAUUUGUCUACAAUAAGAACAAAUUAUCAGCAUUGAUUUCAUAUAAAUAACACUUGUGCAUUAAUAAAUUAGCAAAACAAUUAAAUAUAGUUAAAUAAUUUUAAUUUAAUCAGCUUUUAUUUUUUGUUAAAAGGAAUAGUCAUAAAUUACCUAAUCACUGGCUAGUCAAUGUGUUCCAGUAACAUUCUUGUCAACUUCUUCAGAAACAUUACUGUCAUAAUUUGAAGAAGUUUUACCUAAUAGAAAUAAUUUAAUAUAACACAUUAUAAUUGUCAUUAUUAUUUUUAAAUGCUAAAUUAUUACUUUUAUCUGUUUUGUCCAAAAAUUCAGCUGGACUUGGCGGAGGUGUGUCUACUCUUUCUAACACACCGUUAGAAGUUUCUGUAUCAUACUCUUUAACUUCAGCAGCAUACUUGUUAUCUACAAAAUGAUCAAUAUUCUUAUGUUGAAACAAAAAUAAUAAUUAAUUGUUCAAUAAUUUACCAAGAACUGAAGGUUUUAUAUCUAUAUUUUGAACUAUCAUUUGUUUAUUAAGAGCAUUUAUUAAUUCUUCAUCUACAUUACGUGAUUGAUCAACAUUAUUUGACUCUACUUGUUUAACUUUCUAGAAACAAAAUGCAAACCAUUAUCAAUAGUUUUCACAAAAAAAUAAAAGCUAAUUUAAAACUAAUAACCUUAAGAUUAGAUAGUGAAACUUUUCGACCAAGAGAACCGUCUCUUGAAGGUCCUAAUUCCUCUUUCAGAGAAUCAAAUCCAGACUGAUCCAAUUGUACUUUAGCUACCGCUUUUUCCAUGUCAUCAGUUACAAUCUCAAUAUUAUGAAUACAUUGAUUUACUAUAUCUUCACGAUUUAUGGCUCUUAAUGCCUUUUCCAAUGAAUUUCCUGUAGCUUGCUGUCCAAAUGUCUGCAACCACAAUUUCAGCAUAACCAUAGCCUUACGCUGAGCAUUACCGGGGUAUUCUGAUUGAAUAAUACUAAUGUCUGACUGAAGAAUUCCCAGUUCGGCUGCUAAUGAAGACCAAUUAGUACCCAACAUAUUUGAUAUAUCUGACAAACGGAUAUCUGCUCGAUGUAUAGUAUCGAUUUGUUGGUCUAUAAAAUAAUUAUUUUGUCAUGGACUAAAAAUGUAUAAUUUAAUUAAUAAAAAUGAAUAUCAUACCAAAACAACCAUUUUCAUUAAAAUUGUAGCUUCGGUCAAGGCUUAAUAAAUCUGAUUCUGACUUGGAUGUUUCAUUAAUAAUAUCUUCGGGAAUAGUCACAUUUAACACACAUAAAGGUGAUUGAGCAGGAUCACCACGAUUUACUUUGGGUUCGCGCAUAAAUAGAAUACGUGCAACAUUAGUAUCCUCCAGGUCACGUAUACGAACAGUAAAUGGUAGACGAUUUUCACGGAAAGCAGUGAAAUUUAAUUCGAGUUGUUCACCAGAUUUAAAUAUUGGCAACAGAUUACCAACAAACUCUACAAAUAUGCUUUUGUUUUGUAACACCUCUACAUCUCUACUUUUGGCUACUUCCAUAAAAUGUUCUUGAUUUUCUAAUGUCUUUUCUUCUUUAUCAUCUGUCAUGCAAAAUACUCUAAGACGUGCUUCCAUAACAUCUGUUCUUUUAGCGAAUACUACAAACCUAAAAAUUAAAAUUUUAAUAUAUUUAUACACCUAAUAUAAAAUAAUUCCGUUUUUCUUAUAGGUACAAUCAAAUAAAAUAGAUUUUUUUUUCAUUACUUUGCCAUAAAUGGAACAUAGUUAGCUUCAACAAAGAGCUGUGUAGCUAUAUUUUUGACUUGACUGACAUUUCUACAAUCUAUCAACCAAAAUCUAGCAGAUAAAGUUGUGGUGAACGUUACACAAUCUUUAACAAAUGUCAAUGGUGUUCCUCCGGUGACAUCGUCCCACUGGGCUUUUGACUGACCACCUGUGGUGCAUGUUUAACAAUAUGGUUUAAAGCCUCAAUACAACUGAAUACAUUAUAACAUAGUUAAUUACUUUCACCAACCUGACAUACUACAAAGUAAUCUCAAUGUAGGAGCAUCCCCUGAAUACUGAUUGAUCAUUCCUUUAGUAGUAGCUUGAGGUAAAGGAAUAGUCAACGUAAUUGCUUUGUGAAACUUCCUCCUACGAGGUUCAAUGGUUACAACAGGAGAUACAGCUAUACGGUUGCCAAAUAAUUUUGUAACAAUUUCUACUGGAAUAGGUUGAGCCUAAAUAGUAAAAGCAAUAAUAAUAUAAAUAAUCACAGUAUAGUUUUAAGUAUAAUUUAUAUUUUUUACCUGUAAGCCAACCUUUAUACGUUUAGUUAAUGCAUUGGGAGGAAAUAAUGCUUGAACUUGUGGUACAACAGUAGAAGAUAUCACUCCUCCUUCUGGGCCAACAGGAUGUAUUUCCUGUCGCAAUCUUGAAACUAUAGCAAAAUACUGAGGAAAAUCUAAAGUUAAUAUUCGCUCAAUACGACUUGUUCUGAGAUCUUCAAUCUGUCUGAGUUCUUCCCCUUCAAAGCUAUCGUUAAGCACCUCUUGAACAGCUUCUUCAUUAGCUUCUAAAGUAUGCUCUUUCCAUGUUGUUCCAUUUUCUGACCUUAACACAACUAAUUCCCUUUCUCUUCCUCGCAAUGAAGCAAAAUGAGGUACCUCAAUAAUAACAGGACUGCAUUUAUGUAAACAAAAAAUUUAAAUAAAACAACAUUGAAAAUAUAGUUUUAUAUUUUUUGAAAAUACCCAAGAAAUUUAGCUCCAGCUGGUCCAAGUUCAAGUAUUCUACUUGCUAAUGCUUCUCCUUCCAUUAAUGGUGGUGGAUUAACCAUUUUAUCUCUCCGUAAAUAACGGCAAGUAACUCGCAUUGGACUUGGUGCUUUUCGUGGUGGAAUGAUCACGCGUACACCAGAUUGCCUACAUCCUCGCAUAGCUCCUCCUCGAGCAUCCACCAAAAAACUCACUAGGAAACUAAAUAAUAAAU